AUGGAUCAAUCAUCAUCAUCAUCAUCAUCAUCAUCAUCAUCAUCAUCAUCAUCAUCAUCAUCAUCAUCAUCAUCAUCAUCAUCAUCAUCAUCAUCAUCAUCAUCAUCAUCAUCAUCAUCAUCAUCAUCAUCAUCAUCAUCAUCAUCAUCAUCAUCAUCAUCAUCAUCAUCAUCAUCAUCAUCAUCAUCAUCAUCAUCAUCAUCAUCAUCAUCAUCAUCAUCAUCAUCAUCAUCAUCAUCAUCAUCAUCAUCAUCAUCAUCAUCAUCAUCAUCAUCAUCAUCAUCAUCAUCAUCAUCAUCAUCAUCAUCAUCAUCAUCAUCAUCAUCAUCAUCAUCAUCAUCAUCAUCAUCAUCAUCAUCAUCAUCAUCAUCAUCAUCAUCAUCAUCAUCAUCAUCAUCAUCAUCAUCAUCAUCAUCAUCAUCAUCAUCAUCAUCAUCAUCAUCAUCAUCAUCAUCAUCAUCAUCAUCAUCAUCAUCAUCAUCAUCAUCAUCAUCAUCAUCAUCAUCAUCAUCAUCAUCAUCAUCAUCAUCAUCAUCAUCAUCAUCAUCAUCAUCAUCAUCAUCAUCAUCAUCAUCAUCAUCAUCAUCAUCAUCAUCAUCAUCAUCAUCAUCAUCAUCAUCAUCAUCAUCAUCAUCAUCAUCAUCAUCAUCAUCAUCAUCAUCAUCAUCAUCAUCAUCAUCAUCAUCAUCAUCAUCAUCAUCAUCAUCAUCAUCACUAUUAUCAACACAAAGCAGCGGUUCACUGAUCUUUGAUUUUAAGUCAUUCUUCAACCAGUAUCAAUUUAUAAUGAAAUCUAUUAUCAAAAGGGGUAGUGUUUUUAAAAAUUAA